UGAACACUUUCUAUUGCGACCUCCUAGCCUCGUACACUAUUGUCGACGUGUGACCCUUGACUGUCAAGUCAGAGAUGAACAUAAAUCAACCUCAGGCGGAGAAGAUCUUUUUGGAUGAGUAUAUAAGCGAAGGAAUGGCCGACAGUCAUCACUGGCUUCUUGCUUCCUCAGCAAUCAUUAGCACUUCAUCGCCAGCCAGAAAAUGAAACUAGUCGUAAGUUUUAUAACGUUAUUGGUAAUCUCCAGUAUUGGAGCUCAGCGAAUUAAGGGAGGACCCAGAAUUGUGAACGAUAGCCCGCUAUCUCAGGGACCUCAUGUUCAUGUAGGAAAAGGUGGUAGUGGCGGAGCUCUACAUCAUGCUGCUGUAGUACAAGAUCCUUAUUCGGGUGCUCCAGUGGUGGUUGAAAAAGUUUCUCCCAUUGGUGGUGGAGUUAAAGGGAGUGGACUAGGAGCGAGUUCUGUUCAAUUAGCUGUUGGAGAUGAUCCUUUUGGAAGAGGAAUCUACCGAGUUGGUCAGUCUCAAGUACCAUAUGGACUCUUAGGUAUGGAUUAUGGAUCUUAUCCUACUUCUUUACUUACUGCACCCAGAGGACUCAGAAGGAAAUCGAUCUUGUCUGAUAACUUGUCCGGCCUAAGACCAGUAGGAUUUGGAGGCAGAACCAUAAUUGCUGACCCAAGCACAUCUCAAUUCUCUGUUGGAGAUGCUCAAAUUAAAACAAAUGUUUUCGGAUUAAGACGUCCUCUCUACCGUUCGGGACUUUCACCUGUACCCUAUGGAUUAAUGGGAUCAGAUUAUUAUUCAUACCCUAGACAACUGUUGACACAAAGAGCACUAGCUGAUGAUUUAGGAUUCGGACAGGCCAACAUUCUCACUGGAGGAUCUGCUUUUACUGCUGGUGACUCUCAAAUUCAAGGAGGCCUCCUCGACAAUGUUGGACAAGAAAAGGUGACAAUCGUCGAAUCUGAUCCUCUUGGAGGUACAAAAAGAGUUACUACAGUACAAAAAGGACUAUCUGGUGGACAAAUUAUCUUAAAUGGUGGACUAAUUGGAGCUCGCGGACUUGGGGGACUCAGACGAGUAAAAUCAAGUCCUGUCGUAGCUACCAUCGGAUCAUCAGGCCUGGGAGCACCAAUUGGAGGAUUUGGCCAACGCCAAGUUGCUGUCACAAAAUCCGUACAAGCUCCAAUUGUUAGAGCUCCAGUUCAGGUUAUCCAAGCCGCACCAGCUCCCGUACGAGUUAUCCAAGCCGCACCAGCUCCAGUUCGAGUCAUUCAAGCAGCACCAGCUCCAGUUCGAGUCAUUCAAGCUGCCCCAGCUCCAGUUCGAGUCAUUCAAGCUGCCCCAGCUCCGGUUCGAGUUAUCCAAGCUGCACAAGCUCCAAUUUUUGCCCGAAGACCAGUAGACACUUUCCUUUCACAAAUUGCUAGACCCAGGGUUGUAACACUAGCAAGAUCUGCACCAGUUGCUGUAGCACCAAGAGUUGCACUCGGAAGCCCAGGAUUUGGAAAUGUUCAAUUUACACUUGGAGGUAAUCAGAUUAUUGGUGGUGCAUCACCAGUGAUUGCAGCUGCUCCCCGAUUAGUUGCCGCUCCCCGAGUUGUAGCUCAAGCUCCAGUAAUUGCUGCUGCUCCUCGUGUCUUAGCCGCUCCUCGUGUCGUUGCUCAAGCUCCUAUCAUUACUGCCGCUCCUCAAAUAUCUCAAAUCAAAACGGAUGCUGGAUUUGGAAGAAGUAUUUUCGGAAAUCGAAGACCUCAACUUAUUUACGUUGAUGGAGGUCGUAGAUUCCCAGGUAUUGAUAUUAUUGGAGGAAGCAGAAUCGGCGAUCCACGUUUGGGCUACACCCAACUUCCUAUAAGCACAUCCAGAUUUGCAAAUAUGGGUUUAAAUCCAUUAUCACUUAAAGGAGGUUCAUUGUUGUCCACUGGCCCAUUAGGACUCAAAGGUAUUGGUAGCACUUCUCCAACUAAAGUAGUAACCCAAGAAGAAGUCAUCGGACCAGCAGGAGAUUCUCAGGUUAUUACAACAAUCACCGAAACUGACUCAAAUAAUUUAAUUCCAUCUAAAAUUGGAGGACUCGCAAGUGGUGGUGGUUUGGGAGUAGGAGGUCUUAAGGGAUCAGGUCCAAGGAUUGUAACCCAGGAAGAAGUUGUUGGACCAGCAGGAGAUCCUCAAGUUAUUACUACCGUCACUCAACCAGCUGGACCAACAAAGAUCGGAGGUCUUGCUGCUGGUGGACUGUCUGGGAUUGGCGCAGGACCAACCACAAUCGUGCAGCAAGAAGAUCCAUUUACUGGACUCCGAACAACAAGCCAAAUUGCUCAAGUAUCACAAGACCCAUUCGAAAGUGCGAUCCAAGAAACUCUUGGAGAUUCUGCGCUCGGCCAAACUGUGCAAAGUUUGGUAGAUCCUCUAGGAAGCGGUCAAACUCAAGUAGCUGUCGAUGAUUUUGGAGGUGUAACUCAGGUCCAAGAAUCAAUCGUAUCCGAUCCUCUAACUGGUGAAUUGAGUAAAGUAACAGAAGUAACAAAAAGUGGUGGAGCACUAGCUCAACAAAAUAUAGCUGAUGCCAUCGUUCAAGAAAAUAUAGCAUCUGGUCUUGGAAGAUCGAAUCUCGGAGGAUAUUUACCACGAAUGUCCUUUUUGUCACAGUACCCUUAUGAUGCACCAGAUUCUGGAAUACUGAAAUCAGUUAUCACCAGGCCUGUUGUACAGCAACAAGAAGUUGAACAAAUUUUAGUGAAAUAAAAAUCAAAGAACUUUAAUAUAUUUUUCGGUGCUAUAUUUUCAUUUCAAAAUGAAUGGACAGUCAAUAUUAUGUGAUCCACGUUAAUAUAUAUUUUGUAUAAUUUUAUAUGUGUUGUACGUUUAGUAUACUUUGUACAUGUCAUGCAUAGCAAUAAAUAUUCGUUCAUAUAAAAUUC